UCAUUCUCUCCCGAGAGGCUAAGAACGGGGGCGUGGUUAUGUCGUGGCGGCCGGAGGGGGCGGGGCUACGCUUGGGUCUGGAGCCAUGGCCACACUGGAUGCUGAGUUGGUGGGAGAUCGGGACGUCCGAACGUUCAUCUGACACAAGGGUGAAAUCUGCACGUCUAUGGCCUGCUUCAAUGUUUUUGUUUGCUCUGCCUCAGCCAAACUGUCUUAUCUCUCCCACUAUCCUUGUUAAAUCAGCUACAGAUCUUUACAAGCAGCAGUGUUGCUAAUGAACCUGACUCUUUCUGAUAAAGGAUAGCCGGCCCUUCAACGCAUGCAACUGUCGCUCUGGAACCUGUAUGGCCACUCGAGUAGACCCAAGCCAAACAGAGUCCAGGAACGACUUAUUUCUGAAGACAGACUUGUUGAAAGCAAUCGCCAACAGCCAAGAGGAAGUAUCUGAAGACAUGGCUGGUGAUGAAAACCUGCCGGCGAAGCAGGUUGGUGAAACCAAUGGAUCUUGUGAAAAUGAGUCCAAGGAUCACAGUUUAUUGCCGCUUGCUGCCCAAGAUAGCACAAAGCUCCCACACCAAGACUCUGUUUUUAAAGCUUUUCGAGUGGCAGAGAAUGGGGUGUGUGACAGGGACACGGAUGAUGUCAGACAGCACCCUUUAAAAACAACUAACCCCACACAGACAUCAGUAACAGGAAGUAAUGGGUACAUUUUAAACAAACCUGCCAUUUUGGAGCAGCCAUUAAGGACUUCAAGCUUGUCGCCUUUAAGUGGCCAUGCUGCUAAAACUCUACCUGUGGCUGCCAGCAAACUCAAAGCAGCUUCUAAUGUCUAUGUCCCUCCUGCCCCGUCUCCUGUCCCUCCCAACCCUGGGGAUCCCGGCCGGGUUGAGAACACGAAGCAACAGGACAGUGCUUUACCUGAUCUGAAAGUUCACCGUGCGCGAAAAACUCUACCGAAAACAGGCGGCAGUUCGCCUGUACAUAAAGAGCCCAAAGAACCAUCCGAACAGGAUGAAACCAAGGAAGAGAGCGCCCCCAAAAAUGGUUUCGACGAUGAGAUAGAGGAACCCCAGUCUCCCUCAUCUGCCCCCCAACAUCUGCUACCUCAGGGUCAAAACACGGUCACCUCUGCGAAGUCGCUCUCAGCUGCACUGGUGUGUCGGAAGAAGAAACGGCGGAUGGGCAUGUACAGCCUUGUACCCAAGAAGAAGACCAAAGUGCUCAAGCAAAGAAGUGUGUUGGAGAUGUUCCGAAACAUCACCUAUGCCUCUUCCAGUCCGAAGAGUGAGAAAGAUUCUGAUGUUCCCCAUGUUAACGGAGAAAGCUUGGAGAUGGAUUCAGAAGAAGAGGAUUCAGAAGACAUGGAAGAGGAGGACUACCACAGUUCAGAGACGCUAGUGUCAGAAAGCCAGGAAGAGCCCAGUGCUCCUAAAGAGGCCACCUUGGAAGCAGACAGCUCCAAGAAGGAUGAUGAGGUUGACUUUGAAGGAGAUGAAAAAGUGGAGUCUGGGGAUUCUGUGGAGGAGGAAGAUGAUGGAGAGGACUCUGAUUUACACACCACACUUCCGUUCCAGAGCUCGGAAUCGAGUUUAAAGAAGAAGCAAGAAACGAAGAAGAGCUUGGCCGAAAGCUCAUGGAUGAAAGUUUCUAGGAGGAGGAAGAGGAAGAACAAGGAAAAUCCCAAACCGCUUCAUGCUUCAUCAAGAGAGAAUCUGGAAGCCAACAUGGAAUACACAGAAGUGUCCCUAGACUCCUUGGACCUGCGUGUUAAAAACAUGCUAUCUCCACAGUCUAAUGCCGUUUUUACAGACCUCUCUAAUGGUUCAGAAACCAUGGAAAUGGAUGGCCUUCAGGGGAUCCCCCUCUGCAGCUGCCGGAUGGAAACCCCCAAAGAAGAAGAAGUGUCUGCAAAGGCUGGCGACCAUUGCAUGGCCGUUGAGAGCACAGGCCAAGAGCUGGGUCGGUGUGCGAACAGGGUGGCAAAGUAUGAGUUGAUGAGGCCUUCUAACAAGGUGUGGCAUUUGGUGCUGUGCGAGGAUCACAGGGGCAAGAUGGUCAAACACCAGUGUUGUCCUGGCUGCGGUUACUUCUGCACGGCAGGGACCUUCAUGGAAUGCCAGCCGGACAGCACAAUCUCCCACAGAUUUCACAAGGACUGUGCCACUCGGGUCAACAACUCUAGCUACUGCCCACACUGCGGGGAGGAGGCCUCCAAAGCAAAGGAAGUGACCAUCGCAAAGGCAGAUACCACGUCCACCAUGUCUUUGGUGACCUACGAACAGGAGAAAGGCAGCAUGACAGAUGGCCAAGCAGACACUACAACGGAGAGUGAGGUCACAGGUCAAAAGACACUAGAGGAGAAUAAACAUGAAGCACCACCUUCCCACCCUGGAGGAACUCCUGAGCCCAUAGAGACCCCCAGUUUAGGGAAACCUCCUGCUCUCUCUCAGGGGCCUGUCAAGGAGACCUUGGAAAGUGCUCUACUUGCUUUGGACUCUGAAAAACCCAAGAAACUUCGUUUUCACCCAAAGCAGCUGUACUUUUCUGCUCGGCAAGGAGAGUUGCAGAAAGUUCUGAUGAUGCUGGUGGAUGGCAUUGACCCCAACUACAAAAUGGAGCAACAUAGUCGGAGAACGCCACUUCAUGCAGCAGCUGAGAUGGGUUACACAGACAUCUGCCACAUGCUUAUACAGGCUGGAGCCAACCUAGACAGCUGCUCAGAGGAUCAACGAACCCCCCUGAUGGAGGCAUCUGAAAAUAAUCAUCUAGAUACUGUGAAAUACCUAGUGAAGGCAGGGGCCCUGCUUGACCCCAAGGAUUCAGAGGGCUCCACUUGUCUGCAUCUGGCAGCCAAGAAGGGUCAUUACGAGGUGGUGAAAUAUCUCCUCUCCUCUGAGAGAACAGAUGUCAACUGUCAGGAUGAUGGAGGCUGGACCCCAAUGAUCUGGGCUACUGAGUACAAACAUGUGGAAAUAGUCAAACUGUUACAUUUCGCCCAUGCAGACGUCAAUAUCCGUGAUAAUGAGGAGAACAUUUGCCUGCACUGGGCUGCCUUUGCCGGCUCUGUUGAGAUUGCGGAAAUCCUCUUGGCUUCCAAAUGUGACCUUCGAGCUGUGAAUAUCCAUGGGGACUCCCCACUCCAUAUUGCCGCCCGUGAGAACCGUUACAAUUGUGUCGUGCUCUUUCUCGCUCACGGCUCAGAAGUAGGAUUGAAAAACAAAGAGGGAGAGACGCCACUGGAAUGCUCGGCUCCAAACUCCACCGUUUGGACUGCUCUUAAUGAGUGCCAGGCUUUGCAGGAGAAACCCACGCUGCAGGAGAUAGUGGUGGACAGGGAUAUAUCCCGUGGAUAUGAGAAUAUUCCCAUUCCCUGUGUAAACGCCGAAGACUCUGAACCGUGUCCCACCAACUACAAAUAUGUCUCUCAGAACUGUGUGACCUCCCCCCUGAACAUAGACAGAAACAUUACCCAUCUACAGUACUGUGUGUGCAUCGACGACUGUUCAUCUAGUAACUGUAUGUGCAACCAGCUGAGCAUGAGAUGCUGGUAUGACAAGAACGGACGUUUGUUACCGGAAUUUAAUAUGGUGGAGCCUCCGCUUAUCUUUGAAUGUAACCAUGCCUGCUCCUGCUGGCGAAACUGUCGCAAUCGUGUUGUUCAAAAUGGCUUGAAGAUCCGAUUACAACUGUUCCGCACAAAAAGCAAGGGCUGGGGGGUACGAUCCCUGGAAGACAUUCCCCAGGGAACAUUUGUAUGCGAGUAUGUGGGGGAGCUGAUUUCAGACACAGAGGCUGAUGUUCGAGAAGAUGACACCUACCUGUUUGAUCUUGAUAACAAGGACAGAGAGGUUUAUUGCAUUGACGCCCGUUUCUACGGCAACAUCAGUCGCUUUAUCAACCAUCUCUGUGAGCCGAACCUGCUUCCUGUGCGAGUUUUCAUGUCCCACCAGGAUCUGCGCUUUCCCCGUAUUGGCUUUUUCAGCAGCCGGCACAUCACUGCUGGAGAAGAGAUUGGGUUCGAUUACGGUGACCGAUUCUGGGACGUUAAGGGCAAACUCUUCAGCUGUCAGUGCGGUUCCCCCAAGUGUAAGCACCCAAUCAAAGUCCUUUCCGAGUGCCAGUCAUUCACCACCGCAGGAAGUCAGUUGGAGAGUGGCUUGCCUGACAUUAGCUUUGGCACCCCCCCAAGCCCCUCGCAGACACAGUGACAUACAGGACCCUUUUUUGAAAAUCUGUAAGCAUCAAAGAAAGCAUCAGACUUGGACACAGACAUCUUUCCACCACCCACCACUCUCUUCAUGAUUUUUAACUCUUAUGGAGAAACCGCUGGCAGAGAGGAGACUUUUCUAAUAAACUUCUGUCCUGAUUCACUCAUUCCCUGCCGGAGAGACUCUGCAAAGAUGCACUAAGCAGUUGGAGCAAAUCAAAGUCCAGUGCUCUGGCUGCAAAGAGGUUAUCAAGUAAAAGUAUUUUUGCCCCCAAGGGGGAACAAUUGUAUUAAGCCCCCGUCUCUCUUUUGUCACUCAUACUUACACACAAGCAAAUGAAAUGUAAUGUGUUUAUUCUCUUAUUCGGCAUGGAGUCAGCCUUGGGCAAGGUGGAGAUCGGAAGAGGAAAGAAAAGAUCUAUUGACAUUUCUACCGAGCAUAAAAGAAUUCACUGAAGGGGAAGAAGGCAAAUGCAGGAUGACCACUCUCCUCAGAUAAUACAAGGUCUUACAACAUGUAGAUCGGUUUCACUGGAAAGGGUUUUUUUUUUGUAUUAUUCUUUUAGGGACAAAGAAAUAUCUAAAGACAACACCGUAACAUUGAACAUCGGUUUCCUUUUAUUUUGUAAUCAUCCAAAAAUCUCAGGACUGAAAACAGUUACAGCCAAUGGUUUUGGUGGCACAAAAGAUAUUCCGAAAAAAGAAACUAGUCAUAUAUCGUCACAGGUGUGCUGGGCCUCCAGUCUUUGGACUCUUCUUUCGUUAUUUUCUAGAGAAGGGUGGCAGUGGAUGCAAAACUAUAGGCUAUGGGGGCUGUAAAGCAAGCUCAUUUGAGUCGAAAGCUGAAGCUCCAUUGACUGAUGAAGACCUCCCGAUUAGUUGAGCAUGGACGUACAUGCCAUCACCAGUAUGGCACCUCUGUUCUGAAGAGCCCCAGACAUGAGCAGCCCUUGUCAGAGCCAUUCUUCAUUCUAGAAAUUUGUGUUAAAGAUCCAGUUACAGUUGGUUCAUUUUUUCUGGAGACAUUAGCAUCAACAAUUUGUGGGACAUUGUGAUAUUCCCUUAGCUUCCAGGCCUCUCCAUCUGCUAGUUCGAUCCAAAAAGGCACCAUAAGCAGCCCCAAGGUUAAAUGGUUGCUUCUACAACCAUAAAGAUUUUCUCAAUUUUAAGUUGUUUAAUGCUACUUCUGAUCCCCCAGAAGAUGGUUAUUCUCAAGCUCUACAUAAGAGGAGACAUUGUAAAGGGGGCAGAAAAAAAGUCAGUUCCAGUACACAUUUUUCACGGUGGAAAAUUCAAUUCUAAAAAAAAAUUUCAAAACUAAAAAAAAAAUUCCUACACUUAUCUUUUUACAGAAAAAAAAGAAACAUUUUGGAGUAAUAAGGUGCUGACAAUGCUUCUGAUUUUUAUGCUGAACAGAUCUAAUGUUAUCAAUUGUACCAUAAACUGAUUUUAGGAUAAAGUACCAGAAGAAACUUUUUUUUUAAAUUGUUAGUAUUAUCGUAGUGUGAAUAAAAUUUCUUUUGUAUUUUAUUUGUUUUUUUUCCGUUGCCUAAAAUAAAAUGGCUGAUUGCAAUUUU